UUCUUUCAUUUUUCUCAAUCUUUAUCCCAUCUCUCCCGCUCUCUCCCACCUCCAUAGCCAGAAAGCUUUGCCUCUUCUUCUUUCUUCUCUCAAUCCCCAAUCCCUCUGAAUAAAAUUUCCUUUCCCCCCCUCUUCAAAUCCGCCGUUUCUCCAUUUCUUUCCUCUCUUUCACCUCCCAUCUCCCUCUGCUGCAAUGGCUGUAGCAGAGUUAUCCUCCUCUUUAAAAACUGAACUCAACUUCUCAUCCAAGACUGUUUUUCAGUCGAAUCGUUUCUCCAACCACCGUCGCUCCUCUUUCCGGCCGUUUUAUCGAUCCCGAAGUCCCCGAGUCACUUGCUCUAUUGCGCCCAAUCAGGUUGAAGCAGCUCCAGUUGCGGCGAAAACAGAGGACCCUAAGAGUAAAAGCGAGUGUUUUGGUGUUUUUUGCCUCACCUAUGAUUUAAAAGCUGAGGAAGAGACAACAUCAUGGAAGAAACUGAUUAAUGUUGCAGUCUCUGGUGCUGCUGGAAUGAUAUCCAAUCAUCUUCUUUUCAAGCUUGCUUCUGGCGAAGUUUUUGGUCCUGAUCAACCUAUUGCAUUGAAGCUAUUGGGAUCAGAAAGGUCAUUACAAGCGCUUGAAGGUGUUGCUAUGGAAUUGGAGGACUCCCUUUUCCCUUUAUUGAGGGAGGUGGUGAUAAGCAUUGAUCCAUAUGAAGUAUUCCAAGAUGCAGAAUGGGCGCUUUUGAUAGGAGCAAAGCCUCGAGGGCCAGGAAUGGAACGUGCUGGUUUAUUAGAUAUAAAUGGGCAGAUAUUUGCUGAACAAGGCAAAGCUCUAAAUGCUGUUGCAUCCCCAAAUGUCAAAGUCAUAGUUGUGGGCAAUCCCUGCAAUACCAAUGCAUUAAUUUGUUUGAAAAAUGCUCCAAAAAUUCCUGCAAAGAACUUCCACGCUUUAACUCGAUUAGACGAGAAUCGAGCAAAAUGUCAGCUGGCUCUGAAAGCGGGUGUCUUCUAUGAUAAAGUGUCAAACAUGACCAUUUGGGGCAACCACUCAACAACUCAGGUUCCAGAUUUCUUGAACGCAAGAAUUAACGGCUUACCCGUUAAAGAGGUUAUCAAGGACCACAGAUGGCUGGAAGAGGAAUUCACUGAAAAAGUACAGAAGAGGGGUGGCGUGCUGAUUGAGAAAUGGGGAAGAUCUUCAGCUGCUUCAACUGCUGUAUCAAUUGUUGAUGCUAUAAGGUCUUUAAUUACUCCAACUCCUGAAGGCGAUUGGUUUUCAUCUGGGGUAUAUACCACUGGAAAUCCUUAUGGCAUAGCAGAGGAUAUUGUUUUCAGCAUGCCAUGCAGAUCAAAGGGAGAUGGUGACUAUGAACUUGUGAAAGAUGUUAUAUUUGAUGACUAUCUCCGCAAGCGAAUUGCCAAGACUGAAGCUGAGUUGCUAGCUGAGAAGAGAUGUGUGGCUCACCUCACAGGAGAGGGUAUUGCUGUAUGUGAUCUACCAGAAGACACAAUGCUUCCUGGAGAAAUGUAAGGCUUAUCAAUCACAUGGCUCUGAGCCUCAAAAUUUCAUAUUUGAGCUGCUUUUUCUACUUUCGUAUUUGAAUUAAACCACAUAUUAUAUGUGAAUAUUGCAUGUAAGUUGCGGGAAAUGAUAGUAAAAUUAAUAGUAAUAUAUUUGUCUUAUCUGAAUUUUCCUGAAAUGAAUCGACGGCAAUAAAAUAUUGGUUUAAGUUUGGUUGA